ACAGCACAGACAGCUAUGGAUCGCGAUUCUUGUGGCCUUCAAAUACCUUCGUCCCUGACGCCUGCUACAAUCCAAAAUAUCGAUUUCCCUCUUCUUUACCCCGUCCCCAUACCCAUAACCAAACCCAUACCAGAAACCUUGUCCUCCAUUCUCGCUUCAACUAUGGAUGCUCGGAAUGGCGACAGUGGCAGCCGUGAAAUUGAGACGCCCAACACCAUUACCAUCAAAGGAAUACUGGAGCUUUUGAUGGCGAGUACAGGCGCCGAGAAUGGCGGUGAGAGUAAAAAGGUAAUUUCGUUGGGGAUUGGGGAUCCGACUGCCUACUCUUGCUUCUGCACCACUUCUGCUGCGCAGGAGGCCGUUGUUGAAACCCUCCGCUCCAACAAAUUCAAUGGCUACGCCCCCACCGUUGGGCUUCCCCAAACUAGAAAAGCGAUUUCAGACUAUCUAUCUCGUGAUCUUGCUUACACCUUGUCGCCUGACGAUGUCUAUAUAACUGCUGGUUGUACACAAGCCAUUGAAUUUGCUCUGUCUAUUUUGGCUGCACCUGGUGCAAAUAUCUUGCUGCCGAGGCCUGGUUUCCCAAUCUACGGACUCUGCGCAGCUUUUCGAAACCUUGAAGUUCGUUAUUUCGAUCUUCAACCCGAGAAUGGGUGGGAGGUUGAUCUCCGAGCAGUAGAAGCUCUGUCAGAUCAAAACACGGUGGCUGUGGUUAUCAUAAAUCCGGGGAAUCCAUGUGGGAAUGUUUAUUCGCAUCGACACCUGAAAGAGAUUGCGGAAACUGCAAACAGGCUCGGUAUAGUUGUCAUUGCUGAUGAAGUAUACGGCCAUCUAUCUUUCGGGGCCAAUCCUUUUGUGCCUAUGGGAGUUUUUAGCUCAAUUACGCCUGUUCUUACUCUCGGAUCUUUAUCAAAGAGGUGGCUAGUGCCGGGUUGGCGUCUUGGUUGGUUGGUCACAAAUGAUCCCUACGGGUAUAUGAAGACCCCAAAGUUUGUCGAGCGCCUUAAGAAAUACAGUAACAUCUCCGGAGGGCCAGCAACGUUUAUUCAGGCUGCUGUCCCGGAAAUCAUCAACAAAACGCAGAAUAAUUUCUUUACGAAGACACUUAGCACACUGAAGCAGGCUUCGGAUAUUUGUUAUGAAAAGAUCAACGGAAUCCCUUGCAUCAGUUGUCCUCAGAAACCCGAAGGAUCGAUGGCGUGCAUGGUGAAGCUGAAUGUUUCCCAGCUAAAAGAUAUCAGUGACGACAUCGACUUCUGCUUCAAGUUGGCGAAAGAGGAAUCUGUAAUAGUUCUUCCAGGACUGGCUGUGGGACUCAAGAAUUGGCUACGGAUCACGUUCGCCGUGGAGCCAUCAGCUUUGGAAGAAGGGCUGGAGAGAGUGAAAUCUUUCUGUCGACGCCAUUCCAGCUGAUAGCGAACUCGACGGGGAGUGGUGAUCGAAUGAACAACCAUGCGCCAGUUCUGAUUACGAUGGAUAAUAUUAUUUUAUCCGACAUAAUUACUUAUCACUUGUAAUUGUCCAAAAUUGACAAAAUAAAAAGUGAUUAAUUUAGUACUUUUGUUGAAAUUUAAUAACAUUAAGUUACAAAAAGCAUUUGUAUAUUCCAAAUC